AUGUCUAGAAUUUUAAAGAAUUAUUUUGUGGCUAAAACGAAUCAGUACAAUAAAAUUAUGAAGAAGCAAAAGGUCACAGCCUUUGUUAAAGAACUGAACGUACGCAUGAUGAAAGAACCGAUCGCUCUCCGAUACAUUCACAUCCUCGGCACCGUUGUCUUCUUCUCCUCCGUCUCAUCUCUCGUCAUCCUCCUCGCUCUUUACCUCAACCAACGCCUCCAAACAUCACUCUUCCUCGUCGACGAUCUCUCCCCUAAUCCUCUCACUUCUCCUCCUCCUCACAGCUCCGGUAGCGACAUGGCAGACGAAGAGCUGAUGACGCGAGCAUCGAUGGCACCACGUGGCGCGGUAAUGAAUGAGGCUGGUCCAAAGGUUGCGUUCAUGUUUCUGACGAGGUGGGAUUUGCCUUUGUCCCCUCUUUGGGAAUCAUUCUUCCAAGGCCAUGAAGGGUUUUAUUCCAUUUACAUUCAUACCUCGCCGGAGUUCACUGGCGAGCCGCCGGAAUCUUCAGUGUUUUACAAAAAAAAGAUACCAAGCAAGACCGUUGAAUGGGGAAGAUCGUCGAUGAUGGACGCAGAGAGGCGUCUUUUAUCACACGCGCUUCAAGAGCCUUCCAACGCUCGCUUCGUACUCCUCUCAGAGACUUGCAUCCCUCUCUUCAACUUCACCACAGUCUACGCUUACCUCACGCGCUCCACUCGCUCUUUCCUCGGCUCAUUCGACGACCCAAGGCCCAUGGGCCGAGGCCGUUACAGCCCCAAAAUGCUCCCACACGUGUCGCUCUCCGAUUGGCGUAAAGGAAACCAGUGGUUCGAGAUCUCACGGAGAGUCGCCGCCGGGAUAGUCUCCGAUCACCGGUACUACGCCGUCUUCAAGGAUCACUGCCGGCCGCCGUGUUACAUCGACGAGCAUUAUCUUCCGACGUUGGUUAACAAGAUUUGCCCGGAGAUGAAUUCGAACCGGACCGUGACGUGGGUGGAUUGGUCGAGGGGUGGGUCCCAUCCAGGGAGGUUCGUGAGGAAGGAUAUCCGGGUCGAGUUUUUGGAUCGGAUCCGGUUUGGGUCGAACUGUAGCUACGAGGGGGAGGUGACGAAUGUGUGUUUUCUUUUCGCGAGGAAGUUUCAUGUGAGCACCCUCGAGCCUCUCAUGAAGCUUGCUCCUUAUUUGUAUGGAAUUUAG